AUGGCGGCUCCGGCAGCAACCCAGGUCGCCCACACCCUCCGUCUGGUCCUCUCCUGCAGAAAAUUCACCGCGCAGGUCACCUGUCCCACCAGCCACUCGAUCAUAGCAAUGGCCUCGUCCUCCGAGCAAGAGUUCGCCAAGGAGUACACAGCAAAACUCAAUCGCUUCCCACGCUCGAAGCUCUACUGGAACUCCACAACGGCUUCGAGGGUCGGCGACAAGAUCGCCGCCCGCCUCCGGGAAAUCGGGAUCUCCGGCGUCCGUAUCGACGCCCAGGAGGAGCUCGCAAGGCCCAUCCACUACCGCAAGAUGCUGGGCCCCUUUUUCGCAUCCGUGAAAGGGGCUGGGAUCGCGGUCGAAGGCGCCGAAAAAUUAGCAGAAAUUUCUGCUGACCGUUGGGAAAUCGAGAACAUACCAUAAUGGUUGAAAUCUUUCUUAAAAGUGGAUGAUAAACUCAGCUCACGAGUUAAAUUGAUGGGCUCGGAUUGUAUUAUUCGCUUCAUACCUCUUUAGAUUAAUCAGGCUUUUGAAUCUUGAUUUUUGGGUACUUUAUCUUCAUCAGGACACAAAAAAAAAACUAAUCUUUAGAUUGUAGUAUGGAAUUAACAGUGAUCUAAAUUUGGUGUUGGUAUGUAAAUUCCUGUGCAUAUAUAGCCAGCCCUGUUUGCUGCUGAGCUAAUGAAAGCCUGUUAAUUUCCUCCCUAUUGACAAUAAUUUUCUCAACUGUUCCAUCUUCCAUGCUAUAAUCUUAU